AUGUCUUCGAACGAUUCUUCUGCUCAAGUCUCGGCCCUCUCGGCUCUGUCUUCAGACCAGGCCGACAACGUUUCCUGGGAAGACCGUCGCUUCUCUGUUCAUGUCAAUGACACGUCGUUUGACCUCGGUGCUCUUCCACUGUUCCCAUGGGACCUCCACUCCGAGCUUGUCAUUCGCAUCUCUCCAGCUUUCGACUCUCCAGACCCAAAAGCACCCCAUAUGGUCGACAUUGAGCAUGGUGAACUGUACAUGAGAGCCUUGGUCGAGAGAGCAAAACGUGCGGCAGCGAACUGGAAGGAUCUCCUGCAGGACAGAAUCAACAAGGGCGAAUGUCAAAUCGAGUUGGUCUUUGGAGAAUGUUAG